CCAUUAUAGUUUAUCCUGUCGCCAUUUCAGUAUCACUAUCACUUAUUAUUUGCUUUCAGUAACACUACGUGUUGCACAUUAUUGCUGCAUCAUUGUAGCGUAUAAAGAUAGCAGGAAGUAUCUUGUAUAAUAUUACGCGAUAUGACGGGACGUGUGGCUGUGGUAACGGGCAGCAACAAGGGCAUUGGUUUUGCCAUUGUCAAAGAUCUCUGUCAACAGUAUGACGGAAAUGUUUAUUUAACGGCUCGCGACGUCACUCGCGGCCAAAAUGCUGUCAGCGAGCUGAAGAAGCAAGGUUUGCAACCCAAGUUCCAUCAAUUGGAUGUCAAUGACGAUGAAAGUGUUACAAAGUUUCGAGAUUACUUGAAGAACACAUACGGUGGUCUGGAUGUACUCGUUAAUAAUGCUGCUAUAGCUUUCAAAUCUGCUGCUACAGAACCUUUUGCGGUCCAAGCUGAAGAAACAGUACGAGUAAACUAUUUCAGCUUGCGCAGAGUAUGCGACGCGCUUUAUCCAUUGCUUAGACCACACGCUCGAGUGGUACAUGUCUCUAGCAGCGCUGGUCGCCUUUGCAAUAUUACUGGCAAAGCAUUAAAGCAGAAACUAUCUGAUCCAAAUCUAACUGAAGCAGAAUUGGACGAAAUAAUGCGUGACUUUGUCAAUUCUGCAAAAUCUGGCACACAUGUAAAAGCCGGUUGGUCAAAUUCAGCAUACGAGGCGAGUAAAAUUGGUGUAUCCGCUUUAGCUGGUAUUCAUCAAUCAACAUUUAAUACAGAUCCUCGAAAAGAUAUUGCAGUGAAUGCAGUACAUCCUGGUUAUGUAGAUACAGACAUGACUAGCCAUAAGGGACCUCUGACACCAGAGCAAGGAGCUAUAGCACCUGUUUAUUGUGCUCUGUUGCCGGAGGACACAGAGAUAAAGGGAAAAUACAUCUGGUUUGAUAAGACAUUAUCCGAAUGGAAAUAACAAGUAUAAUACAUGAUAUAAUCAUUCCUACAAAGUAUAACAUAGACAUUAAGGUAGUAAUUAUGCUUAUUACACUAACACACUAUGAUAAAAAAAAAAAGAGGAUUA